AGGCAUUAUAGAAAAAAAUACUCAAGUCUUAGUAGAUCCCUUGAGACUCACGGUAACGGUACGCGGAAUAUUUUCUCAUUAAUUAUGGAUAAUGAUAACGUAGAUCCCAGGGUAUUUAUGAGAAAUUGUCACAGUAUGAUUGAUCCUAGGACAUCGGUGAGAUACUCUGUUAAUAACACUCCUGUGACUCCACCAAUAUCCAGAAGUUUUUCGUAUCAUGCGCAAAUAUCUGCAAAAGAUGAAAUACCUAAACCGCUGCAGGAGGAAGAAAUUGCUCCUUUAAAAAGACAACCCAGUGCUAAAUUUCGGCCAAUAAAUCAUAAAAAACAUAGUUGUACAGACGUGCACUGUCUGCUAAUAUUUAUAUGUUUUAUAAUCGGAUGGAUUUAUAUAGCAACAUAUGCCUUGUCCCAAGGAAACUUAAAUAAAUUAUUAAUUCCAACAGAUUCAAAAAAUGCAAAAUGCGGUUUGGAUUCUGGAGUUCGUGACAAGAAAAUGUUAUUUUUCUACAAUUUGGAUAAGUGUCUUGAUCCAUUGACACCCAUUACAGGAUGCAAUACCAAACAAAUAUGUGUAAAAGAGUGCCCCAAAAAAUCUUUUAUAUGGCAAGAAAACACGAUGCAGGAUCUGACUAAUUUAAACAUCUUAAGGGAAAAACUUAUUUGUGAUUCCACAGUGAACAAACAAAAGUUGAAGAGCUUGUUAGAUGUUAAAAAUGCAAUAGAGAAUGAUCUUUGUAGUGGCUGGUACUUAGAAAGUAAACCUAUAUUUAAUCAUUGUGUAUGGGAUCUUUCCGAUGAAUUGUGUGAAAUAUUGCCCAAGAAGUUGACAGGACGAAACCGUAGGUCGGAUUUAGCACCAGCGAAUUUCAUUGAUUUUAAACCUGUCGCAACUAAAUUAGCCGAAUUCGGUAAAAGCAUCAAAUCGGUGUGUAGUAAACAACAUCAUAAUACGACAUCGAACAUGAUCGCUUUCAAAGAAAAAAUUAAAAAAACAAAUUCCAACUUUAACAGAAUUAUAGCUGCAAUUAUCUCAAAAUUCAAUUAUAGCGGUAAAGAAAUUUUAGCUGAGCAUAUAGCAGAUGACUUAAAAAAUUCAUGGAAAGUUAUAGUGUUUGCUUUUUUUAUACAUCUUUUUGCGGUUUUAGUAUUUAUAACACUCUUACGCUGGCUAGCCGCACCCCUGGUGUGGGUUUCGAUAUGUGGUGUUAUUUUUGGUCUGGGUUAUUCAUUCUUUUAUAGUUUUCGUCAAUAUAGACUGUGGAGCACAGAAGCCCAUGUACCAAAACAUGCAACGAAUCUGCAGGCAAAAGUUCAAAACAUAUUGGAAAAUGGCGAUGUUUGGCUAUAUGUAACAAUGAUUCUAGGAGCGAUCCUAACAAUUAUUGUAUUAAUAGUAAUUGUGAUCCGGAAGCGUAUAAAAAUUGCUGUGGCUAUUAUUAAGGAAGCAAGUAGGGCAAUAACGAAUAUAAAAUCAUCAAUAUUUUUCCCAAUAUUUCCUGCAAUCCUUAAUAUUCUUGUGGCCACAAUGUCAAUAAUAAUUUUGCUACAUCUCAGUUCCAUUGGCGAUUACUCUUUUAUAAUGGCGCGUCGCAACAUUACUGAAACUGCUGAACAAUGUAAUUGUACAGGACCUGAAUUGCAGAAACCGUAUAAACUUGGUGAUGCAUGUGAUCCAGCUUUGUUCGAAAAAUACUGUCGCAACGAAAAUGAUGAACUAUGCAUGCAAACUUCCUGUAGUUUCAAUGAGAUUAUAAGAGAUCGAAAAACCAAUUGGUUUAUGUUACUAAAUAUUUUUGGUUUCCUAUGGGUAACGUUUUUUAUAUCGGCUUAUGAAGACAUGGUUUUGGCUUGUACAUUCUCAUUGUGGUAUUGGACUUUCAACAAGAAUAAUAUACCUAAAUUGCCGCUACUAAAGGCUAUGUGGAUAACAACAGUUUAUCAUCUAGGUACCUUAGCUUUUGGAGCCCUAAUUUUGUCCAUUUGUCGCAUGAUAAGGUAUAUGUUGGAACUCAUUGAAAAGAAGGCGAAAGCAUACAAUAAUACAAUAACACGCGCCAUCUUAUGUUGCAUGAAAUUUUUCUUUUGGCUGCUUGAGAAUUUCCUUCGUUUUCUUAACCGAAAUGCUUACAUAACAUGUGCCAUCCAUAGUACCAGUUUCUGUGAAAGUUCUCGAAAAGCUUUUAGUCUAAUUACUCAAAAUCUUUUACGUGUUUAUGCGGUAGACAAGGUAUCGGAUUUUCUUUUUUUCUUGUCAAAACUUUUGGUAACAGGUUGUACGUCAUUUACAACUUUUAUCGCUUUGAAGGCAUAUCCAGAUAUAAUAUUUAUACAUUAUCCUGAGGUUCCAGUUGCACUGGUAGCCAUACUAUCCUAUGUUAUGGCUCAUUUCAUAUUUAGCACAUAUUCAAUGGCCGUAGAUACUUUAUUCUUUUGUUUCUUACAAGACUCAACGGAAAACGAUGGCUCAGCUGAAAAUCCAUUUUUUAUGUCAAAAGAAUUGAAAAAAUUGUUGGGAAAAUCCAAAGUAAAACGAAAAAAAUUGCAAGGUUAAUGUUCUUUAAAGGAGACAAGCAUAGUCCAUUAUAAUAUAUUACAAUACGCCUUACAAAUAACGAUUUAUAAAGAUAUUUUUAAUAUCGUCACCUAAAAUGCAAAAAAACGUAACAACCAAAAAAUUUUAAAUCGACUUUGAUUGAAAAUGGUCCACUACAUCAAAAUACAUGUCGUUGCAAAUUUUUAGAAAUCUGUUUUCAAAAACACACUCUAUUGAAAUUAAUUUCAAAAGGGCGUAACAACAAAUUAGUAAUUUCCACAAGUUAGAAAGUCCUUAAAAGCAACAUAAUAGACAAUAUCUGACGGUACAAUUGAAUUCAAACGUGUUUAUCGAUGUUGGGAUACAAUACUUGUAAGAACAACAAUAGCUUUCAUUUAUUUUAUUUAGUUGUUUGUCUCUUCUGUAAAAUUUUUACGCCCUUUUGCAUUUCUGGUGACGAUAUAUUAAUUAAUACAAGGUUAUUAUAUCCUUUAAUAUAUACAUACAUACAUACGUUAUUUAUAGUAUCAAUUUGGCGAUGAAAAUUAAAAUCAAAUAAUUUUAAAAGGUAUGAAAAGAGAAUAUAGUGAGAAAUUGUAAUAGAUCAUUAAUGAAAUCUAUAUUUUUUUUUUUUCAUCGGCUAAAAAUUGAUACUUCAGAAUAAUUUACAUAUAAAAUAUAAAUUAAAUUGUUAAUAAAUAUUAUAAAUAAUAAUUAAAAUUUUUAAAAAUUAAAUUUAACAAAGUGAAACUGAAAUUCACCCUAAUUCUACUUUAAAAAA